AUGAGUUCAGUGAGUCAAGGUAAAAAUGAAAAAAUGCUAGCAUCACACGAAUCCGCACUUACUCCUACAUUGAAAUGGAGGAAGAAUCAAUUUACAUGUAACAAUUCUAACACUACAACGACUGUCACUAAUAUAUUGACCCCCAGAAAUGAUGUAUCAUAUGCUACAUUUUUAUCUUAUCCUCAUCAAUCUGAUUUAAUGACACAGUCAACUACUUCACCUCAAUAUAUGUUACCAAAUGAUUGUAUUAUUAAACCCCUAAAUGAUAAUAGUAAUGAUUUAAAAGAAAUUAAUUCUAUCCCUUUGUCAAAUAUAAAAAUGGUAUUGACUGAACGAAAGAAAUCAUCUAUUACUACUAGUAAUACUACUACUAUAAAAAAUUCAUGUUCACUCUUUACUAGUUCCUCAUCUUUAUCUUCUAAACUAAAUCGUACUCAUGAUCCACCAUCAGUCGUUAUUUCUCAAAUUUUUAAUCUAUCUGUAUUCUCAUCAAAGUCUGUUCAUAGUUCAUUAUCGUCUAAUAAUAAUUAA